AGGGAAGGCGAGAUAUUCCCUGCCGAUCCCGCUCUGAGCAGGAGGGGGCGCUGUCGCUACCGAAGCGCCUGAAGUCAGGGCGGAGCCAGCGGAGUGGCUAUGGCGGAGCCGGGGAGCCGCGAGGCCCCGGAGCGCAGCCAGGCGCUCAGCGCGGAGGACAAGUUGCAGCUCCGGAAAGAGAAGAAGCAGCAGAAGAAAAAGCGCCGCGAAGCCGAGAAGGAGCCCAAGCCGCCCCCCGAUGGGCUCGCCCACCCCAGUCCCGCGCCUGCUGGGCAGCUGCCUCCGCCAGGGCCGGAACCUACCACGCCGGGUCCUCCUGACAAAGCCUGUGGUGGCGAACGGGCGGGCCCGGGCAAAAGUAAGGCUGAGCUGCGAGCUGAGCGCCGGGCCAAGCAGGAGGCCGACCGGGCGUUGAAGCAAACUCGGAAAGGCGAUCCGACUCAAACAGCCGUGCCUCCCAAGCCUCGGGUAGGACCCACUGAAGCCCAGCCAGCGGUCAAGAGGCUCCCAGAACAUGUGCAGGUGGAUGAUCCAGCUGCCCAAAAAAAGCUAGCCAAAAAGUUGGAGCGUCAGCAGGUCCCUAUGAGGCCAGAUUAUGGUGCCAAAGUUAGUCUCUUCUCCCACUUGCAUCAAUAUAGUCGCAAAGAGUUGCUGACACAACAGAUGAGCAUCCCAGUCUCCACCAUCCAUCCUGCAGUAGUGCGUCUUGGCCUCCAGUACUCUCAGGGCAUCAUCAAUGGCUCCAAUGCUCGGUGUAUUGCACUCCUAAAAGUUUUCAAACAGGUGAUUAGAGACUAUACCACUCCGGCCAACGAGGAACUUUCACGGGACCUUGUAAACAAGCUGAAACCGUACAUCAGCUUCCUGACCCAGUGCAGGCCCCUCUCUGCCAGCAUGGGCAAUGCCAUCAAAUUCCUUAAGAAAGAGAUAUCCUCACUGCCAGGGACCAUACGAGAAGAGAAGGCCAAGGAGCAACUUCAGGAGACAAUUGACAAAUAUGAGCGGGAGAAGAUUUUUCUGGCAGCUGAAGCCAUUUCCAAAUUUGCCUUUGAGAAGAUCAAUGAUGGCGACGUCAUCCUUGUCUAUGGAUGCUCAUCCUUGGUGAGCCGCAUACUCUGUGAGGCUCAUGCCAAUCGUGCCUUCCGAGUGGUGGUAGUGGACAGUCAGCCACGGUUAGAAGGCCGGGAGACACUGUGUCGCCUGGUGAAACAGGGAGUCCGCUGCAGCUAUGUGCUGAUUAAUGCCAUCUCCUACGUGUUACCUGAGGUUUCUAAAGUGCUGUUAGGAGCUCAUGCACUAUUAGCCAAUGGGUCAGUGAUGUCACGUAUGGGCACCUCACAAAUUGCACUGCUUUCCAAGGCCUAUAAUGUGUCUGUACUAGUCUGCUGCGAGACCUACAAGUUCUGUGAUCGGGUUCAGACCGACUCCUUUGUUUCCAAUGAACUUGAUGAUCCAGAUGACCUGAUUGGGUCAAAAGGAAAGAGCCGUCCAUUAUCCAACUGGCAGGAAAGCAAAUCGUUGCGCCUUCUCAAUUUAGUCUAUGAUGUGACCCCUCUAGAAUUGGUGGAUCUAGUCAUUACAGAGUUGGGGAUGAUCCCUUGCACUUCUGUUCCUGUUGUUCUGCGUGUCAAGAAUGUAGAGCAGUAAUGUUGGAAGAGUGAAUAAACCUGUCUGUCUCUGU